GGGCCGCGCCCUGCGGGCCGCCGGCGGCCCCUGGUGGCUCCCUGGGAUCCUUGGGGGGGGGGGGGGGGGCGUCGAGGUGUGCUGCGGGCGUCAGGGCGGUGAUUAACCGGGGGUCCUCGCGCCCCUAAUUAACCGGGGGCCCUGGGAGCGGGCCGGGCUGGGCGCAGCAGAGCAGCGCCGUCCCCCGGAGCGCUGGUGGCUGCCCGGGGACGAGGCCGUCACACGGCUGGCCGAGGCCGGCCAGGCUUCGCUGGGUCCGGGCAAUUUCGGGGAUGCUGACGGCGCUGUCCCCGCAGGGGCUGAGGCGCCAUGGCCCGCAGCCAGUCACGGAAGCGAUCGCGGAGCCGGAGCCCCUCUCGCAGCCGGCAGCGGAGGAAGGAGAAGCGCAGGAAGAGCGGCAGGGACCCGCAGCCCGGCAGCGGCUCGCCGGGGGGGCGGCCCUCAGGGCCUCACAGGCGCAGGUCGAGCUCAGCAGCCGCGAAGGAAGAAAAGAAGAAGGAAGGAAAGAGCAAGAAGAAGAGGAAGGCAAGCACGUCUUCCUCUGAGACAUCUUCCUCCUCCAGCUCCUCCUCCUCGUCUUCGUCUUCUUCCAGCUCCUCUUCCGAGGACUCCAGUGACAGUGAGCCCAAAGCAAAGAAGAGUCGACACAGCAAAAAGAAGCAAGCAAAACACAAAGAGAAAAAGAAGAAGAAGAAGAGAAUAAAAAAGAAAUCCAAAAAGAAGUCAAAAGAAAAAGCUAAGGAGGAGAGAGCCAAGGCAGAAGUGGUGCCUGGCCCCUCGCUGGAGCAGUGGCAGAAGGAGUCGCUGGUGGACUCCGGGCCAGUCCUGACAGACGAACAGAAAUCCCGCAUCCAGGCUAUGAAGCCGAUGACGAAGGAAGAAUGGGAUGCCAGGCAGAGCGUCAUACGGAGAGUCGUGGACCCCGAAACGGGGAGAACCAGGCUUAUUAAGGGAGAUGGAGAAGUUCUAGAAGAAAUUGUCAGCAAGGAGAGACACAAAGAGAUUAACAAGCAAGCCACCCGGGGGGACGGGCUGGCCUUCCAGGUGCGGACGGGGAUGCUGCAGUGAGGGCCUGGGCUCCAGCCGUGCCGGGGGCUGUUCUGCAGGCACCAGCCUGGGUGUGAGCCCUGACGAGUGGAACCCUGCAGGCAGCACCGCAUCAGGAGGCUUCCCGGGGGCAGUUUCCACCCGCUCUGUAAGUUACUGACUGGGAAGGAGAGCACCUUUAAUGGUUCGUCUCCCAGUAACCCCCCCUCUCUCCCCUCUCUCCUGACUGGGGCCAGCGUGGCUGUAACGCACUUGGGUCCUGCUUGCCCUGGUGCCCCUGUUAAGGUCCGAGUUGCUCAGCAGCACCGAGAGGUGCUCCUGCCCCUCAGCUCUGGGCUCUGGCUGGCAGGAGGCAUCGCUGUGGCCGGGCUAUGCACCAGGGCUGCAACACUGGCAGCUGGCUGCCACGUCUUCCCUUCAGGGGCUGCUCUCGGUCCCAUCCUUGUGGCCCUGUGCGUACCCAGCUCGUGAGCCCUUCGUGCUCACCCGCCCUGCUUGGAGCAGAGCGCCCGUGGUGCUGCGUGGCUCUGCUCAGGCUGCAGCACCCAGCCUGAGCCCUCGAGUGCCACCCUGCGCUGUGCCCCCAGGGCAGGGGCUUUACUCAUGCCCCUUUCCCACAGUGCAGGUCCUGGGCAGCAGCAAGGCUCUGGGGGGUCUCGGGGCCCCUGCCCACAGCAGCUGUGAUGCAAACGGCCAUCAUUUUUCCCCACUGCAAAGUCCAUAAAGCUACGAACUGUUAAAAAGUGGUAGUUAACGGACAAAUGAGUCCUGCGGGACUGAUCCGCGCAGAAGCCCACUGUGUUGUGUUCGUGGCUGUAACCCUCCAUUAAAGUGGCGCCUGCUCCCGU